UUUACAAAGCUUGUCAUUGCACCGGAAACAGUGUAUACCUUAUAUUUUUUAUUUAAAGAACAAAUUCAUUCUUCCUAUCAAAUAUAUGAAACUAAUUAAAAACAUGUAAUUUCAAUUCGAUAAAAAGUUCAAUAUUUUACAAUUAUUUCUCUGUUUCUUAUACGAUAUCCUGCCUUGUGAUGCAAAAUUGUCAUAUAUUCAAUAUUUAAUCGUAACAGUGUCAAAUUAGUACUUCGUGUCAGCUGAGGGCGCUAGUGACGAAACACAGUGGAGUGGAUAGUCUGUGAGAGCAGCGAUAUAUUUUGUUGGCCAAUUCGUAGUAGCUUUCGCAAACCGAUAGAUAACUGUGAUUUUUAGUCCAUUCCGAGUGAUUUUGAGCAGCAUAGAGUCGUAGGUACAUCGAUGAAAAGUUGACUUCAGGUAAAAACGUAAUUACGCCGAUAAAUGCGGCGUGGUCGGUAAAGGUGAGGUAGCUGCAGUGCCAUACCGUAUGCUUGUCAUGGCGGCAUGGAGGACGAGCAAUGAAAAUGGCCGGAAGAUGCAAGGGGCAGUGGGGAGGGAUGGUAAGGCCGAAUAGAAGGCAGCGGUCCACGCGUUCUCAGCAGCCUAUCCUAGAUUUAUUUCCGUGGAUGUUGCGCAAUAAACUCUACACUGUUAGCUCACUGAAUGCUACCCCUCGUUUAACUUCGAAGAGGUGCCAAGGGCUAGUGAGUAACAUGUUAAUUGUCAUCGGCUGCCAUUCUUUUCAUCGCAUAAAGGAGCGCGAUUAUGUUCGCCAUGUAUAUGCGCUGUAAUGUUAUUUCUCGCUGUCAAUGUAAUGGAGACUUAGUCAUCCUUGUAUUAUAUUAAUGCACCUCUUUAACGCUAUCCACGUUUUGGCGUUCACAUGGAAACGCUUUCCACACGGGGAAUUUCGAAUGAAAGAAGGCGCACGGAAUUUUUACGGAAGGUUUUUAUCGGUUUUCAAGAAUCAGUAAAUGAAAAUAAAGAGGUACAACAAGUAGAUUACAACUGAGGAAUUUUAUCUUUCUAAAAACAUGGUAAUAUAAAUCUUAUUAUUUGACAUUGCUUGGUUUCAUCGUUAUUAUUUUUUUAUUCAUACUCAGAUAUGUCUAUUAAUAAACACACAUGCAUCAAAUUUACAUCCUUAUUAAAGCAAAAAAUUAUUCAAUCUUGAUAUCUUAUUUAAAUACAUGCACGAAUUCCAUAUGUUUUCACAGGAGAGUAUUCUACGGUGUAGGCAAUAAAAUCUGCGUUUUAAUCACUGAAUUAGCUACAGUGGGGAUAUCAAUUUGAAGAAACUUAUUGAAGUUAUCAUUUUAAUAACAAAAAAUGUUAGAAAAUUAUAACAAGGAUAUAUAAUCCUAACAAUGAAAUUAUAACAAGCUCAAAAUUUGAAGGACCGUAUGAUAUGAAUAUUUCUUUUACUGAUUACCAUCCGUUUAUGAUAUGCCGUUGUUUCUGCCUAGAUUGCCUCAUAUGUUUUUCAUUGCGGAAAACACAUUGUUUCUGUCAAAAAAAAUAAUGAGAACGGAAAGAAAAUUGAGACGAUACGAUGACGUAUCUCAAUCGUUAACACAUUUAUCCACGAUAUCCAUCCAGUCAUGUUGCAAGAUAAGAUUACAUUGGCGGGGCAAUCACGAGCCGCAGGAAAACGCAAUAAUCUCUAUCAGAAUUUUGACGCAACAAUGCUCGACGUUUUGUGUGUGUGACACUUGGUAUGGUUUGGAGCGCGCUUCUUGUGUGGGCCGCCAUCUUUACAAUAUACAUACAGGUGCACCGAACAACAUGCAAGCACUCGACUUAUCGGAUAAUGUGAUAUCACUUUUAAGUAGCUUCGAGUUAGCGGAUAUUGGAAUGACGAGAUUAAAGUAUCUUAAUCUUUCUAAGAAUGCAAUCAGUGAAAUCGGCCUAAAUGCUUUCGAUGGCCUUACGUAUUUAACGAUCUUGGAUCUAUCGAAAAAUAGACUCCAUGAUAUUUCGGAUGAAGUCUUUGAAAGAAACAGAAAUCUACGAAUCUUAAUACUAUCAAAAAAUAAUUUCAAUUCGCAUGUACCGAAAUUACGAUCCUCUUCGUUGAUGGAACUAAAUUUGGAUUCAUGUCAGAUUAGUCAUUUGCCUCCAGACACGUUUAAUGGACUCACGCACGUUCGUCGUCUCGAUCUUUCAAAUAAUUUGAUGAUUCAGAUGAGUACCAUCGUCGUGCAAACAUUGCAUGUUUUGAACAAAUUAUCAUUGGAGGGAAAUCCAUGGUCUUGCAAUAAAAUUAUGUUUGAGUUACAAACAUAUCUCAAUACUAAGAACAUCGAAUUCGACGAAGUUUGCGGUAAGAAAAUAAACGUAAAAAAAUUCGAGAAAAUGAUUAAUCUUCCUACAACAUCACGUAGUUAUCAUCAUUUGGCAAAUGCGAGUAUGCUUUUUGAUGAAACUAAAUCGGUAACUGAAUAUAAUGUAUCGAAUACAGUGAAGGAUAAAAAUCUGUCAACAUGUGAACAAAUGAUAAACCAAACGCAUGUUGUCGAUUAUAAACCUGUAGUAUAUUGGUUUCUUCUUCUUGGUUUUAUACUUGGUAUUUCAAGUGGAUUAUUUAUUUCUUAUAUUUGGUUGUCGAGGAUGUAUUUGUGUAACCGGAGAUACAGUUAUCACGAACAAUUUAACGACGAAUUAAUAACCUCUCAACGACUGUCUUUGCUGGAUUUAUAUUUACAAGGACUCAUAAGUAGCGAUAGAAGCUUGAUAGAAUCUUGUCCAAGUACCCCGCCACCUCAAUAUCGCGAUGUUAUGCUACGACCUAGCCUCUAUCCACCAAGGGUAUAGAAUUUAAAUAACAAUGGUACCGGAUAUGGAGAAAUGUAUACAUAACUUCAGAAGGUAACUUAUUGUUGUCGUAUGACAGGAAAAAGUAAAAAUGCACAUCACUACAUUAUUUAUUCAGCAUUGAAACUUCAUUUUUGUUACAUUACAGAUUUUUCAUAAAAUAUUUCUUAUAUAUGUUUGUUGUUAUGCAUCGUACAUCAACGAUUACAUUGACCAAUAACUAAUAAUUAGAUUAAUAGUAAAAUUAUUUAUAAAAAAAGAAAAUUGGAUGAAAAAUUUAGUAAAUUUAUUGUCAAUAACUAAUCAUUAAUGGCUACACGUAUAUAUACAUAUAUAUCUUUGUUAACAAUAUUUGUUAAUAAGAACAAACACGACUUUCACGUGCAUAUAAUGCAAAAAUAUAAAAUCAGUAGCUACAUCACUAAAAGCGCAUUUUUUUAUCAUUUAUAUUGCAAUAUAAGAAGAAUUAUAGAAGUAAAACUAUAUACAGUUCAGGCUUAUGCUAAUAAUGUGAGUUAUCGUACAAUAAUUCGGUUCUCGUUUUGAACACAACGACAAUUUAAGUACAAUCAUUGUUAUUGUUCGAUGGGUUUAAUCAUUGCGUGGCAAUCAUAUUACUUUUAUCUACAUUUUGACUCGUACUUAGCGUAACAGUCUUACAACCGAUCGCGGUUAUUAUAUUUUCCAUUACUCCAUGAUCGUAUCUCGUACCACGUAGAUUAGUUAUUACGCUCACGUCUUGACUAAAAUCUUUUGAUACCAAAUUAGCUGGCAGCUUCAUCUUGAUUUCCUCAAUGAUGCCGUUCUGUAUUUCUAGCACCAAAUUAAAUUGAUGGACUUUGUUGUCUUCAGUAGGUACAUCUACAACGCGUGUUACCGUGAAUUUCGGUGUUUUACCAUAAUUCCAUUCCCAGGAACGAAAUUCGCUAAUUAAUUUGUCCAAUCCUGAAAAUAUUAAUUAAAAACUAUUAGACAGAAAAUAA